AUGUCCAAGACUUUAUUGGUUACGGGGUCUACUGGCAAACAAGGUGGCGCUGUUGUGAGGGCAUUGCAAGGCUCCGACUUCGAGAUCUUGGCCUUGACUCGGAACGUGUCGUCGUCCUCUGCUCAAAAAUUGACCCAUCUAUCUUCGAACAUUAAAUUGUUGCAAGGGGAUUUGGGAAAUGCGACUGCCAUCUUUGAAAAGGCAAAGGAGAUUUCUAACAAUCCUAUUUGGGGUGUUUUUAGUAUACAGGUCUGUGCCAACGUUAUGGGAACUGGAGGGGAGAUUGAAGAAAAGCAAGGAAAGGACUUGGUCGAUGCAUCUAUAGCAGCAGAUGUCAAAUUCUUUGUCUACACCUCCGUCGACCGUGGAGGUUCCAAAUCAGAUGCCAUUCCCACUCCUGUCCCGCACUGGGCAUGCAAGCAGCGCAUCGAAACGCACCUAAAAGAGAAUGCCUCCAGAAAUGGUAUGGAAUUUACCAUUCUCCGUCCCACGGCAUUCAUGGAGAUUCUUUCAAAUGAUUUCAACGGGAAACUAAUGGCGACCAUGUGGAGGACUGUCUUGAAAGAAAAGCCUCUACAGAUGGUAGCCACUAAGGACAUAGGGUGGUUUGCCGCCCAGGCCUUCAAAUAUCCGGACCAGUCCUCUGGGAAGUCGCUAUCCUUGGCAGGUACAGAGGUGACCUUCCAGCAAGCGAACGAGAUUUUUAGACAGAAAUUUGGACGAGAUCUACCGAGCACGUUCGGGAUUGUAUCCCACGUUUUGCUUCGUAUGGCCAAGGAAUUGUCCCUCAUGCUCACAUGGAUGAAAGAGGAGGGAACUGCCGCGGAUGUUGAGGGGUGCAGGAGGCUUCACCCGGAAAUGCUGGACCUAGGGGCUUGGUUAGAGACUGAGAGUGCCUUCAAAUCUUGCUAA